AUGAACAAGUCGGUGGGUCGCGGCAGGGGCAGCCUGUACUCGUCGCAGAGCAGCGUGGCGCCACUGCGGCGCCCUGGCGAGUCGCUGCGCUCUCCUGAUGGCCUGAAGAGCAACCACAGCCUUCAGGACGUAAUGGUCGACUCGCUGAUGGAGGACCUGCAGUCCCUGACGCUGGACGACAAGGCGCUCGCUGCCAAGCAGCUCAGGGUCAUCGAGGAGUCCUUCCGCGACUUUGUCCGCAACGAGGAGAAACUCAAACUGGUGAUCCGUGCAUUGCAUGACCGGAGCCUCGACAACCGGCACUUUGGAGUCCGAGCGGCCCGCCUCUGCGCCGCCCUUUACAUGUUUGAGACUGAAGGAGUUAGCCUGAGACGAAUCCUACUGGAAACCCUUCAAGCAGACUUUGAACGUCGUGAAGAGUUGAGAGCGGAAGGACUGGAGAGUCUCACAAAUGCGAUUGAAUUAGUCGGACAUGCCUUAAACAGCAUAAUGUUGCCUAAUGGUUCGAGGGUGAAGAUCCUUGCCUAUGCACUUCUGGACUAUUUGUUCGAGUUGCUCGAGGACACCAACGAAAACUCGCUGCGUGCCUUCACUAUUCAGCUGGCUGUCAGUGGCGCAGUGCUGGGCGAAAUGCUGGCGGACAAGGUGGACGAGGUGCUGAUGAAAGUGCGGGAGCGGCUGGCCAAAGCGGCGUUUAAGCGCGAGUCUUCGGCCUACUGGCUGCUGCUGGCGAUUGAUCUCGCGCAAAACAAGUACGCGCCGCUCGCGGAACCCAUCGCCACCUUCUACGCAUCGCGCCUCGGCGGAAAGAACCAAGUCAGUCAGUUGGCAGCCGCGUCGGUGGCUAUGACGCCUUCUAGCACUACAUCCUCGAGUUCGCAGUCGUCGCACAAGUCUAGCAGCAGUGGCGGCGGAGGCGGCAAGAAGGAUAUCGGGAAGGACUACUGGCAGCAUGACGACAGGCUGCUGAACAACAAGCCUCCGCAAGGGCGGCCGCUGCACGGCCGCAACAAGGACAAAAGCGACUCAUGGAACUGAUCGAGACCGACCACCCGACCGCCCGCCUACGCACAAAUCAACCAAAUAUGAAUGGACACUUUUUGUACCAGAGACUUUUUUACAAGCGAAGUGUCACUUGGGGAAUAUUCCGCCUCUUCUGGGAAGCUUGCUGCAAGACUUGCUUCCCACGCCCUUUAUCAGGAGCGAGCGACAGAAAUCCGAGGAUUCGACCAACUAGGGAUGUGGUUCCGAGCGUCAGCCACACACACACAAAAUUCAACUCGCAUCCGAAAAAAGUAUCGAGAUUUUAAUAAGAGUUCUAAUAUAGUUACUAGCGUGAAAUUAUUCGUGUCGCCAAUCGUGAGGAGGGCAGCGAUUACGCGUGCUAGUUGGUUGUUGAGAGGGAAUCGGCUCUGUAGCGUGUAAAUGCUGACUCGCAGCUUAGUUGACUUUGUGUAGUCAUUACACUGUGACGCGCGAGCCUCUGGCUACAGUUGUAGUUGUGAUAGCUGAAGGAAUCGAGUGUCAUUCAUUGUUUUACCUGUGCUCACAAGCGCACAACUGGUUGUUCUACAGAAACGUUCUCUCAUUUUCUCCUAGUGAGCUCUUACACAACGCGUAUACACAUGAUUCCAUUUUUUAUAUUUUAACUUAUUAUUCCUUUUUAAUACUGUUGUUGAGUUGAACACUAUUUUUAUAGUGAGCUGUUUUUAUCCCUUGAAACUGCGGUUUACCUUGUUUAGGUUGAUGUUGACGAAAGCUUUGUUAUAGCUGAACUUGCGUUAAAUAAAUGUAAAAAAUACCAAAAAUGUGAGGACGACGAGUGCAGCAGAAUAUCAGUUUGCUUUUAUUGCCGGCAGUCUAGGUGAAAAGCAAAUCGAUCACCAAAAAUGAUAUUUCAAAGCGAAGGAGCGAAAAUACAAAUAAAAUAUGAGAUAACACGGGAA